AUGGGAAAUAAUUGUGCAGGGCAAUGUGCUGGCUGUUAUAAAAGAGAUCUAGAAAUUGUCGUAAAUAUAAGUCCCUAUUUUAGAAAAGUGAGCAGUAACAAAUUUUAUCAGAGAAACCAAUUGAAUCUUCUAGUAAACGCAGUUCAAAAAAUAAUGUUUAACAAAAUACAGUAUAGUUGGGAAGCAAGAGUGAUUUAACUUAAAAACCUAUCACCAAAAGUUUAGUUGAUAUGGUUGAAGAUAAGUAAAAGAAGACAAAAGCAAUAGUUAAAAUAUAAUCUCAUUGGAGAGGAUAUAAAGUUAGAAAGGAAGUUUAUUCAAUGAUAAAGAGUUAAACAAGUGUUAGUAGUCAAGUUAGCAAAUCAACAGGGAGUUAUUUUGAUAGAUUAGGAAAUGAGUCAAAAUCAUAGAAGUAUUAAAGAGUUGAUUCAAUAGAUUACUUAAAUUAUAUAAUGGACAAUGGUUAGGAAAUGAGAGACAUGGAUAAGGAAUUUAAAAGUGGCCAGAUGGAGCCACAUAUGAAGGAGAAUGGUAACAUAAUAAAGCAAAUGGAAAGGGCAUAUUUCGUCAUGCAGAUAAAAUAGAAUAUGAUGGACAUUGGAGAAAUAACAAAGCAAGUGGAUAUGGAAUAUUAAAAUCACCAAGUGGAGCUUAUUAUGAAGGAGAAUGGGAAGAUGAUUUGUAACAUGGAUUUGGAAAAGAGAAAUGGGCAGAUGGAUCAUUUUAUGAAGGUUAAUAUGUGAAAGGUAUGAAAUGUGGAAAGGGUAAAUAUGUUUGGAGUGAUAACAGUUAUUAUGAAGGAGAAUGGUUGAAUAAUAAAAUACAUGGAUAAGGAGUUUAUCAUUGGAUUGAUGGGAGAGGAUAUAUUGGAUAAUGGAAGAAUGGAAUGAUGAAUGGAUAAGGAGAAUAUAGUUGGAUUGAUGGUCGCAAAUAUAUUGGAAAUUAUUUGAAUGAUUAGAAGCAUGGUUAUGGAGUAUAUCGUUGGGUUGAUGGUAAAGAAUACAGAGGGGAAUGGUAAUUCGGAUAAUAAAAUGGAGAAGGUACUUAUAUCACUGUUGAUGGAAAAAGUAGGAAAGGAUAAUGGUAAGAUGGUAAACUAGUUAAAUGGAUUAAAUGA